CAGAGGCCAACCGGUCAGUUUUAAAAAUUCAGAUUUGCUGGACUGUUGCGCGGUGGUUACGUGUUGGUGUGUGGAGGGCUUAAUUUAAUAUGUUUAUUAUCCAGUUUUUUGGUUGCUAUUGAGGUUGAUAAAAAAACGUUUAGAAAUGGACAAUGUACAUGUUGCCAUUCGUGUUAGACCUCUCAUUACAAGGGAAUCAAGUCAUGAUGUAACCUUAUACUGGAAGGUUGAGAAUAAUUCAAUAUGCCAAGUGGAUUCAAAAAAUAAAGUUGCUGGUAAACCUUAUACAUUUGAUUAUGUUUUCCAUAUGGACCAAUCAACAAGCGAUGUGUACACUCAAGUUGCAAAGCCUAUCAUUGAGUCUGCUAUGGAUGGCUAUGAUGGUACAAUAUUUGCAUAUGGGCAGACAUCCAGUGGAAAGACAUUCACCAUGCAAGGUCACCAGAAAGAGCCAGGUAUCAUACCAAGAGCUGUUGAUCAAAUCUUUGGCACAAUUGACAAGUCUCCUGACCGAGAAUUCCUACUGCGUGUUUGCUACAUGGAGAUUUACAAUGAAGUCAUCACAGAUCUGUUGUGUAAGGAUGGUAAAGGACUUAGUAUUCGAGAACAAGAGAAACGAGUGUUUGUCAGUGGCUUAACUGAGGAAGUUGUGAACAAUGCAGAUAAGAUCUUGGAGUUAAUGAAGAAAGGAGAUCAACAAAGACAUGUGGGUCGUACGAAUAUGAAUGAGCACAGUAGCAGGUCACAUAGUAUCUUCUGUAUUGUAAUUGAAUCUCGUGAAAGAACAAAUAAUCAACAGUCCGACACAGGAGCUGUGAAAGUUUCCCGUCUGAACCUGGUUGAUUUAGCUGGUUCCGAACGGCUCAAUGACACUAAGGCUGAAGGGAUGCGACUGAAGGAAGCUUGUAAAAUCAACCAGAGCCUCUUUGCAUUGGGACAGGUGAUCAACAAACUCAGUUCUGGGGUCGAGUACAUUCCAUUCAGGGACUCAAAACUGACACGGAUCCUCCAACCAUCUCUUGGUGGCAAUGCGAAGACUGCAAUCAUAUGUACAGUGACACCAGCAGCCAUAGACCAAACGCAAAACACUCUGCAGUUUGCAAGUCGCGCCAAAACUAUUAAGAAUAAACCAGAGAUGCACGAAAUCUUAUCAGACGAGGCAUUGUUAAGGCGCUACAAGAGUGAAAUAGAAAAACUAAAAAAACAGAUUGAUCAGUACAACAAUGAUAAACUGAAGGAUGGUUGGGAGUCUCUGCAGAAUGAAAAGAAACAGAUGGCGGAAGAGAGCCUUAAGCUCAUUGAAGCUAGGAAUCGCUUGGAAAAUAUGGUGAUAUCAGGUCAAGAUUCACACAAUCAGAAAACCAAAAAGAGGCCAAACCGCCGUGAGACUUGGUGCCCAGGAACAAGAAAAUUUCCUCUUCUAGCAACUGAUCCAAUUGCUGCAGCUGCCGCCGUAUCAGCAGAGGUGGGAACCCUCGAUGUCAGUGACUAUAAAAUGACUCCAAAAGCGACCAUCACCUCAAGCUCAAGUUCUAGCUCAAUAAGCAGUGACGAAUUUUCAGAGAGCAAGUUGGAAAUAUUCACAAAUGAUUGUGCAAUGAGUUCAGAAGAUGAUGUGCCAAAAAAGAAAAGGCGACGGGCUGUCCAUUUUUCUGAGAUACCUUGUGCAUCAUUGAUAGAAUCUGAUGGGGUUGGAGCAGCGGAGGUCGCCUGCCAAACAGAGGAUAUGGUUAGCUCUCAUGAAGAACUUCAGGAGUCUAUUAUCAUCUGCGAGGCACUAAUGGAAGAAAAAGACCUGCUUAAGAAGGACAAUGAAUUGAUGCAAGAGCAGAUUAGCCAGAUUAAAGAGGAAAACCGAGAGGUCAAUGCAAAAUGUAUUGAAAUACAACUUGAGUGUGAUCAGGUGAAGCUGGAACUGAAGCAUGUGAGAGAAGAGUAUCAAGAAUUGAAGGAAUUUACAAGCUUUGAACAGAAAGUUACAGAUGAUCAUUACAAAGACAUCGAGGAAACACAUCAGACAGCGAUUAAGGAACUUAAUGAAACCAUUGAAGUAAGAGAGAAUGAAAUUCGGAAGUUUCGCAGAUCAGUCUCUCUUCCUCCAUCAAUGCAACUCUCUGCAUAUCUGGCUGAAAAAGAAUUACUUACUGAGAAAAUUAAAGAUCUGGAAAAAAGUCUAGAAGAUGCAGAGACCAUUAUCAUGGAUACCAACAAAUCUUUGUCAGAUAUGACAGAUAGAAAUGUGCAUUUGGAGCAAGAGAUGGAGAGUUUGAAGAAAAGUAUCCAGCAAUUGGAGAAUGAGAAAUCUGACUUAGAUGCCUGCCUUGAGAUUCAAAAGGAGAAGAGUGAUCGUAUGAGCGCCAACUUACGAAGCGAGCUGCAGAUGACAUACAAUCAGCUAGCUGAAGUUAAGGGUGAAGAGGUUAAUGACCUACCUAAAAGUGCUCCUCCAUCCCUACGUGAAUUACAAGAGACUAUUGAAAAGCUGACAAAAGAAAGUGAGGCUCUGAAGGAGGACCUCCAGUUAAGCAUCACAAGUAGUGUUGAGGUUCAAGAGGAUCUGAUUAACUGCCAGGAAGAGUUAGAGGCACGUUCACUAAAGUGCAAGACGUUGCAGUCUGAGAUGGCUAGCCUCCAAGAAGAACUUAAGCGUACUAGGUCAUUAGCAGAAGAAAGAUGUUUAAUACAGUCUGAAGAAGACCUACAAGGGACUCUGGAUGCAAAAGAACAAGAAUGUGAAGCUCUUAAUAUCAAGGUAGUGGCUCUCCAGAAUGAACUAAAACAAGCAUUGAUCGCUACUGGAAAUACUCCAAAUGAACAGAAUGGUGAAUUGCAAAAUAAAUUAGAUGCAAAGACACAGGAGUGUGAAUCUUUAAAUGCCAUGAUUACUUCUCUUAACGAAGACCUUAAGAAGGCCGUUGCAGUUACAGAAGUAUCUCCCAUGGAACAGAGUGAAAAUUGUGAGUUGCAAGAUAUUGACAAUGAUUCCAAAAUGUUGUCUCUUCAGGGAGAAGUAGAAGAAGCUGUUGAGAAACCUCCAGAUAAUCAGAGUGCAAUACCUGAGUUGCAAGCAAGGUUAGAUACAAAAACCCAGGAAUGUGAAACUCUAAAUUACAAGAUGAUUGCUCUUCAUGAAGAACUAGAGCAAGCUUGGAAGAUGUCAGAAGAAACAACAGAGGAGCAUCUGGCAAUCCUUAAGAUGAAUGAGAUUCUAGAUGCACCUAUACAAGAAUGUAAAACUCUUAAGGUCAACAAAUCUUGUCUCCAAGAAGAGCUUGAGCCGGUCAAGAAUGCUUCAAAGGAUACUCUGCAGGAGCAUUAUGAAAGUCAUGGUUUGCAAAAGAAUUUGGAUUCUAGUGCACAGGAAAUCAUGACUCCCAACACCAGUGUGAUAACUCUCCAGGAAGGAAUAGAACAAGCUGCAGAAUCAGUAGGAAAGACCCCGAAUGACGUAGUUGAUGUUUUUGAGUUGCAAACCUGUUUGAAUGCAAGAACACUAGAGUGUAAAGCUCUCAAUGGAAUGGUGGUCUCUCUUGAGGAACAAUUAGAAAAAGCCAAAAUGUCUACAGAAAUUAAUUCAGUGAACGCUACUGCAGAACCUGGUGAAGAUGACCAAGACCUGAAGAUUUUUGAACUUGAACAGCAACUUAAAGUGAGUAAAGAAUAUGAGAUAGAACUAGAAUCCGAGAUUAAAAAGCUUGAAUCAAAAAUUGAAAUGUUAAAAGAGCAAAUAGAGGUGUUCAAUGAUCAAGAAAAUUUAAAUAGGAACUUAAGAGAAAACUUAGUGGAUGUUAGUGUUGGCACUGAAUCAAAGGUCUCGGACAUGGAAAAUUCUACUGCUACUACUAAAGAAAAUGAAGCGAUUAAAAGUGAAGAAAUAAGUUCAGAAGAAGAUGAUAAAAUACCAGUAUGUAAAACUUAUGGAGUAGCUGAAGAACCAAACAAUGAUCAGAACAUAAAUGAGAACACUUAUCUUGACUCAAAUGUGACAGAACUGCAGGAGAAUUUGUCAAAGAUGUCAGAACGUCUGACAGAGAUGUCACAGAAGCUUGAAGAUUCUGAAGAAAUGCUCAAGAUUGCUAAGGAAUAUGAAUCUGAGUUGGAGAGUCAAUUGAAGGAAGCUUGUAAGAGCAAGGAACUGGAGGAUGGAAAUGUACAAACCCUUCAAGAUCAGAUGAAAAUUCUGAAUUCGGAGAAGUCUGUUCUACAAAAAGCAAUGGCUGAGACAGAAUCUAAAUUGGCUGAAAUGGAGUCUAAGAUAGCUGCUUCUGAGGCUAUGUUCACCGAAAUUGAAUCUAAGUUGGCUGAGUCAGAGGCCAAGUUAGCCGAUAUGACAUCUCAUUUGGCCGAUUCUGAGGCUAAGUUUGAUCAAUUGAAGGUUGAUGCAGAAAUGGAGAAACGCUUGAUGAUAGAACAGAGCAUGAGCACUGACCUGAUGUCAACACAACUAGAAACUUACAGGCAGUCAGCUGACCGUGCAAAGGGCGCACUCAUAGCCGAGAGCAACCGUGAGCUUGAUCAGCAGCGAAGGAUUGAAAGUCUUCAGAAUGCUCAGAAGGAAUCUGUGGCGGUGUUCCAGCAGUCCUGUAAAGAGAAAGACGAGGUCAUCGCUGGAUUGGAAAAGAAAGCCACUGAUCUGUUGACCAAAUUGCGACAAGCUGAAGCACAAAGUGACCAAGCUACUCACCGUUGCCUGCAAAUGGAAAGAGAAUGCCAGGACCUGAAAGAGAGUGUUAAAGAACUUGAAAACCAUGCUUUUAAAAGUACCCAGUCUUCUUAUAAGCAAGAAAUGGAUCCAGCAAAGCUUACUCAGCGUAUGAAGCAGUUAGAAUUCAACCUGGACAUCACAAAGCAAAAAGCGGAUAAAUUUGAGAAACUGAACAAAGAACUCAGAGACUCGAACAAAAAAUAUGAAGCGAAUGAAUUUAAAGCAAGUAACCUAGAGAAGCAGCUGAGAGAUGUGAACUUUGAAUUUGAACGUGAACGCACAGAGUUCAGCAAGUUGAAAUCCCGUUAUGACAACCUAAUAGUGGAGGUAGCAGAAGUGAAACAUAGACUAGCCAAAUCAGAACUCAAGAAUGCCGGUGUUGACACUGAAAGGAUGAAGAAUGAUCUUUGCACUCUCGAGAAAGAGAACUUGGAAAUGAAGGAGAAACUAACUGUGACUGAUCAGAAAUUACUACAAUUUGAGAAUGCAAUGGAAGUUGAGAAGAAGAGAUAUGAACAAGUACAACAUGAUAUGAAAGAUGUGCAGGAUGAGUUGCAGUAUUGUAAAGCCACCAUCCAUGAACUUGAAUCAGAAAGAGAACACCUCAGAUCCAAGAUGGAGAAAGACGAAAAACACUUUAAUGGCCUGUGUCAAAGAUAUGAAGAUGAGGUAGAAUCCUGUAAGAAGGAAUUAACCAAAUAUCAAGAGAAACUUGAAGAAGCUAAGCUUAAAAACAAUGAAUAUAAUGAGAAGUUGAGAGAGUUGGAACAACAAGUGGAGGUAGCAAAUAAGAACGGAUGCCAAGACUGUGAAGCAUUGCGCCAAGACAAGGACCAGUAUCAGGUACAAAUCAGAGAACUUCAAACCGAGAGGGAUGAGCUAACCUCGCAAAUGAACCAACAUUUUGAGGAUCUGAACAGCAUGUCACAGGAGAAAGAUGGCGAGUUGAAGAGGUUGAAUGAGGAACUAGCACAGCAUGUAGAUAAAUACCAGCAAAUGAUGAAUGAGUUGCAGUCUUGUAAAGCCAUGAUCCAUGAAUUGGAGUCAGAAAGAGAACAUCUGAGAUCCAAGUUGGAGAAAGAUGAGAGACACUUCAAUGGCCUGUGUCAAGAAUAUGAAGAUGAGGUAGAAUCCUGCAAGAAAAAAUUAACAAACUAUCAAGAACAACUUGAAGAGGCUAAGUUUAAAAAUGAUGAAUACAACGAGAAGUUAAAAGAGAUGGAACAGUCCAAUGAUAUCAGUGUUGUAUCUGUUGAACAAAAAGAGCAGAUAGCAGACAAGGAGGUGUGCCAGGAAUGUGUAACAUUGCGCCAUAACCAGGAUCAAUAUGAGAUUCAAAUCAAAGAACUUCAGACUGAGAGGGAUGAGGUAGCCUCGCAAAUUAAGCAACAAGCUGAAAAUCUAAACAGCAUGUCGCUGGAGAAAGAUGGCGAGUUGAGGAGGUUGAAUGAGGAACUAGCACAACAUGUAGAUAAAUACCAGCAAAUGACGGAUGAGUUGCAGUCUUGUAAAGCCAUGAUCCAUGAACUGGAGUCAGAAAGAGAACAUCUGAGAUCCAAGAUGGAGAAAGACGAGAAACACUUCAAUGGUCUGUGUCAAGAAUAUGAAGACGAGGUAGAAUCCUGCAAGAAAGAAUUAACAAACUAUCAAGAACAACUUGAAGAAGUUAAGCUUAAGAAUUAUGAAUAUAAUGAAAGGUUAAAGGAGGUGGAACAGUCCAAUGAUAUCAGUGAUGCAACCAUCGAACAACAAGAGGAGGUAGCAGACAAAGAGGUGUGCAAAGACUGUGAAGCUUUGCGCCAAGACAAGGACCAAUAUCAGGUACAAAUCAGAGAACUUCAAACCGAGAGGGAUGAGCUAACCUUGCAAAUGAAGCAACAAUUUGAGGAUCUGAACACCAUGUCACAGGAGAAAGAUGACGAGUUGAAGAGGUUGAACGAGAAAAUAGCACAGCAUGUAGAUAAAUACCAGCAGCUGACGGAGGAUGCAGGAAAACAUAUUAUAGAAAUAGAAAAACUUAAAGAGGAGAGAGAUGUUGCCUAUGACAGGCUUCAUGAACAAGAGACAGAAGGAGUACAUAAACUUGAUAACAUUCACCAAGAAUUAGAACACCAAUCAAUGAGACAUCGACAAGAAAUUGAUGCAUUGAAAGUGGAUGCAGCGAAAUAUUUGACAGAAAUUGAAAAACUUAAAGAAGAGAAAGAUCUUGCCAAUGAGAGACUUCAGCAGCAUGAGGUAGAAGCUUCACAAAAAGUUGACAACAUCCACCAGGAAAUAGAAACGCAAUCAACAAGACAUCAACAAGAAAUUGAUGAACUGAAAGAGGAUGCGUUGAAAUAUAUGACAGAGAUUGAAAAACUUAAAGAAGAGAAAGAUCUUGCCAAUGAGAGACUUAAGCAGCAUGAGGUAGAAGCUUCACAAAAAGUUGACAACAUCCACCAGGAAAUAGAAACGCAAUCAACAAGACAUCAACAAGAAAUUGAUGAACUGAAAGAGGAUGCGUUGAAAUAUAUGACAGAGAUUGAAAAACUUAAAGAAGAGAAAGAUCUUGCCAAUGAGAGACUUAAGCAGCAUGAGAUAGAAGCUUUACAAAAAGUUGACAACAUCCACCAGGAAAUAGAAAUGCAAUUAACAAGACAUCAACAAGAAAUUGAUGAACUGAAAGAGGAUGUAGUGAAAUAUAUGACAGAGGUGGAGAAACUUAAGGAGGAGAGAGAUCUUGCCGAUCAUAGGCUGAGGGAACAAGAGAUUGAAACUGCACAAAGGAUUGACGACAUCAACCAAGAACUAGCAAAACAAACUUCUAGUUAUCAACUUGAAAUGAAUGCAUUAAAAGAUGAUGCAGUGAAAUAUAUGGUAAAGAUGGAGGAACUUAAAGAAGAAAGAGAUCUUGCCAAUAAUAGACUGCAGGAGCAGAAGACAGAGGCUGCAUGCCAAAGCGACAACCUCCAUCAAGAAUUAGCACAACAAUCUGCUAAACAUCAACAAGAAAUUGAAACUUUCAAACGUAACUCAGAUGCUUUGACGUCCGAAUUGGCAUCGCUUCGUGAAAUGGGAGAGGCAGCUGUAGUAAAUGACUGCACUCUGAAAAAAGCAUGCAGUGACCUCAAGCUUGAACUAGAGCAAGAACAAGAACAAAAUAGAGGCAGCCAAGAGGCACUAAAAGAAGAACAGGAUAAAUGUUCGUUAGUGCAAUCCAAAUACGACUCGGUAGUCGAGCAGUUUAAGCUACUGAGACAACACUAUCAGGAACUGACAGAAUUAUGUGAAAAGAUGCAAGAAGAACAAGAGGAGGAAGAGAGAAACCACAAAGAAACAAAAGCUAAGCUGACACAACUUGAGGCUAAAUACUCUUCUAAGUUUGAUUCUGCAAUCAACCAAAAUAGUCAGAUAAAAAAACAAGAGCAAGAAAUUAAAGAAUUGCAUGAUAAACUAGGCAAAGAAAAGCAAGAGGCUGGAAGAAGACAUAAACAAAUGAAAGAAAAAUUAAGCGAGCUUGAGGCCACUGUUGAAGAGAAGAAUAAGACUUGUGUUGAUAAUAGCACACUGAAGGAUCUUCAACAGCAUCUUAUGCAGAAGAAAAUGAAGAUAGUCACCUUGGAGUCGGACAUUCUGAAAUGUACUGACCCUCUAGAAAAAAGAAUUUCCCAACUUUCUAAAGAACUUGCAGAGAGUUCUGAAAAGGUGGAAAGUUGGAAGAGCGAAGCAAAGCGGCUCAGACAACAGAGUCUUGAUAGCUCAGUUGAAAGUAACACAUCAUCAAAGACUGAGGCAGGGUAUGGGUCUGGCAUCAUACAGGAAUGUGCUGUGUUUGCCCUGAAGGCAGAGAAGGCCAAACUGGAGGGGGAGUUGAAGCGGUUAAAGGCAAAACUUCAGGAUUUGGAGAAGAAAUACAAUGAGAAGUGUAUAUUCUACCAAGAAGAAAUAACAAGAAACACAAGGCUCCGAGCAGAAUUGAAGCGCUAUGUAGAGAAAGCUAGUAAAAAACAAGCGCCUGUGAAGAUUCAGGAUGGAACUCAGAAGAGACCACUCAACGAUUUGCCCAGGAACAGUCCAAUUAAAAAAGCUUUGAAGCUACCAACCUCGGAAGUUGUCAAAGAAAGUCUGCCAACCUCAUCAUCCACAAAGAAGACGAGAGCAAACGACUGGGACAACUUCUUACAACCGGCGAUUGAAAAGCUUAAUGAGGAAGAGAAACCUCAACAGUGUGCUCAACAAUAGGUUCCAUACAUUCUCUUUUGAAAACUGUAUAUAAAUAAUAACAAGAAAAAAAGGAAUUAAUAAAUAGGUAUUUGCAUUGCAUUAUUUCAGUGGAUGGAAUACUAAAUGUAGGAUGUUAAUAGUUUCAAUUUGCACUGCACAAUUUUUAAAUAUUUUUCUUUAACCAGCCAGCUUUCAUUCUUCAUUCUGAUUUUUUCAUUCAUGUGAUUGGCUGAGAUGAAGUAUGUAUGUCAUUUACCCAUUCACUCAUUGAUGGCGUAAAUGCUUUGCAUGAGCAAAUAUUAUAUGUAAGCGCAUUAAAUCAAAUGUUAUCUGUUGUUUUAUUAUAAUAAUUAAGUAAUAAAUGAUCUGAUAGUACUGUCAUAAAAUAAAUUAAUAAAAUCCACCUUUAGAUGUAUCCAUAUACCCAUAUUUAGAAGUAUUGCUUUCAAAUUUCAAGACAUUGCUUAAAAUGCACCUUUUCGACUUAUAUAAUACUUUUUUGGUUAGGUCUUUAAAAGUACAUAGGCCCUUCUGAAAUACAUGAUGGAAUCUAUGCUGUGAGGUGCUGGCCAACCUUUGCUUGUUAGUGGUCUUCUGAAAGAUGCAGUGUUGAUUGGUUCUUCCGCUGUUGCCUGUUUUUAGAUUUUUUUUGUAUAGUUUUCCUUGGUUGAAAGAUGAUUUUGAUAGGAUAAUUUUGCCAAUUUUCUCUCACCAUCAUCCCUCCUUGUUUUCUUUUAAGUUCCAUUGUAUUACAUAUGUAUGAACUAUGGAAUAAUAAUAAUCUGAUGAUAAAGAUUACAAUGAUGUUAAAUAAUAAAGAUUCAUACAUAUUUAUUAUGAGACAUUGAUUGAACAAAAAAUGUUAAUGGCACAUUAUUAUGAUAAAGAUGUAAUUACUCUGAGCUCAAGUGUAUCACUUCCUCUAUAUGGGAUGUUUUUUUCUUUGAAUGUAUUUUAUAAUUAUUUCUUUAUAAUAAAAGUCAAUUUAAGACAUGUAUGUUAAUAUUGUAAAUAUAGUUCUACUGUAAUACCACAAAGAAAGUUCUUUGCAGUGAUAAUAAAUAAAUUAUACAGUUAAACCUA